CACGCUCCAACCUUACGUGAAUCCUUCAUCAUUCCUAUGGUUUCAGGUGAUGGGGUUUAUCGUAAUACUUUAGUAAAUUCUUCAAGAGAAAAUUAUUUAAUUGAUGUGGCAAAAAAAAAAUCGAUAUCGGAUUUAUGUGAAACCAUAGGAGAAAAUAAAAUGAAUGUGAAAGGAAAAUUUUCAUUUAACAACAAUUCGCUAGGAUCAUGCUUCAAGAAGAGAACGCCUAACGAUGUCUUAAAUGAAAAUGAAGCUUCAUGUGUUCUAACAACUGUAGCGAACAGUUUACAUAGAACACAUAAUAGAGCCAAUGUAAGAUCGAUAAAAAAUCCAGUGGAGUGUGAAAUUAACUCACAUCAACAGCACUCCUGUACACAAUUUAUGCGAAAGCAAUUACGUCGUACAAAACUAUGCCCCUUUACAAUUAAUGGGGAGUGUAUUCAUCGUGACAAGUGCACUUAUGCACACUCAGUGGAGGAGCUGCGAUGCGUACCAGAUUUACGAAAAACUAAACUGUGUGAAAGCAUAGAAAAAGGUCAAGUUUGUAAAAAAGAAAAGUGUACGUAUGCGCACUCUUAUAGUGAGCUUAAGAUAGCAACGGGGAUUGGAACGUAUAAAACGACACUAUGUUUUUUCUGGAAGAAAGGACGUUGUAUGAAUCGAAACAAAUGCAGGUUUGCUCAUGGAGUCGAUGAUUUGGUGAAGUUUCCAAAUGACCGCGAAGAAAACAUGAACGGACACAUAAAUUCCAACGACACUGAAAAUCAUACGGGCGCACUAUAUGUACCUCAUUCUAGAUUGGUUUCUGACGUUAUUUCAAGUUACGAAAACACUGAUGCAACUGAAUCCAAAACCAAAAAAUCAUUACAAAACACCAAGAUUGGCGUUGAAAGUCCUUUUCUUAAUGCGGAUGAUUCAAAUGGAGAAAAUGUCAAUGAGUACAAUGAUCCAUUUAAUAUUUUGAAGGAUUCCAAUAGGGUUAUGAGUGAUCCCAACAAUGUCGGUCAAUGUUCUAGUACAGCUUUGAAAAGUCUCAAGACUUUUUAUAAGACUGACAAUCAUGGUAUGAAUCACACGGGUAAAACGUUCACAGAUUUACCAGAAGACACAAACAGUUCUCUUUAUCAAAAAAAAAACGAGUACAAUGUAACUGAACCAAUUGAAUGGCUUCUUGAUUUGUGGUCUGAGUCUGAACAUGAUUCCAUCAUACAACAAACUAAGACAAAAAACGCUAAAAUGAGUCCGCCACUAGCAAUACAUUCACCAUGCAAUUUCACCCCCAAACAAACUCCUUGUUCAGAAACACUAAGUAAAUCAAAUGGUUUUCCACCUUUCUUUACCUCCAGCUUUUCAAAGAACUGUAGUGAAAUUCAGCCAAAGAAGGAACGUAUAUCGAAACCGGUUGACGCAAAAAUGUCUAAAAAUUACCUUUGUCAAAUAAAUUUUUCUAAAUUUUUUAAUCCUGAACUCGAACAUGAGCCUUAUAGACACCCUUGCCGUAAUCCUUGCUCGCUUUUAGAUUUACCUUUACACACAAUUAACAAUGAUUCAAUCAAAAGUCCAAUAAUUAAAAAUGACGAGUUGUUGGAUCAACCAUGGUUUUCUGACCUUCAUUUCAAUCACUUCAAAUCAGAACAGAAUCCGUUCAAAAUUACGACUAAGGAUUCUUGUGUCAAUAUUUCUUCUCUCUUACCAUCUGUAGAGGCAUUUACCAAAUUAUCUGAAAUUAAUACACUCAUUGAUGAAAUGUAUUGUAAACACGACAAUUCAUAUUACUCGAAAUCAUUUUAA